CUCUCAUGCCGGUAGAUAAUCAGAAGUCAAGGAGAUCUCGGCACACAAUUUUUUAAGCAAGCCCUACCAACUCCUUGAUCUUCAAUAUUUUGGAUCGAAACAACUCCCCUCUACGAAUUUUAAAUGAAUUCUUUUAGCAGAAAUUAUUCAAAAGUAGUUAAAGCCGAAUCAAAUCAGGCUUUAAUAAACUGUACAAUAAAGAAGACUGCAUCCAUCGCGCAAAAUUAAUAGCAUUUCCUUUUCAUCGGCGACUCCUUGCUUGAUUCGUUGAGCCAAAGGUUUAGUUCGUCACGGUCGUUAAAGGAGCCGCGUUUCUGUAAAAAUGGCGCCGGUAGAGAGAAGAGGAAGAUCAAAGAUGAGUUUUUGAUGAGAGUAAGGGCCGAUCUCAUUCCUGGCUUUUGAGCUCUGGAGUUGAAAAAUAAUGGCUUCGUCAAGGUACAAGGAAGGAAAAGAUUCCUCUUCAGUUUGAGUCCCAAAACAGAAAUAUGGUUUUGGGGGGAUUCGAUUUCCGGAGCUUCGCCAUCUUCUGAUGCAGUUUUGACAAUAAAGAAUGGUGGAGUAUUGCUCCAAGGGUUCACUUGGAACAAAGCCUCAGAUGAGAUUUCCAUUUUUGCAGAGGACUGUUAUUUUGACAUUGGUGAUGAUAAGCAGUUUUUAUAUCUGCUUGUUCUGCUUGAAUCAACAGAGGUUCAGAAUAGGUCCCAAUGUGGUAACGUUCGAUGUCGGGGAAGAAGCUUAUAAUCAUCACAGUAUUGCUACCUCCGAACCUCCUCGUCUUCACUACCCUAAGCCUAGAACAUAUACAAGAAAUGAGUGUGCACACACCCCAGUUCGAUUCUUCGCAAUUAUAUCAAUGCAAAGGUCUGGCAGUGGAUGGUUUGAAACUUUACUAAAUAGUCACAUUAAUAUCAGCUCAAAUGGUGAGAUAUUUUUGGUCAAAGAAAGGAGAAGAAAUGUGUCUACUAUCAUGGAGACAUUAGAUAAAGUUUAUAAUUUGGAUUGGUACAGUAGUGCUUCUAAAAAUGAAUGCACGGGCGCGGUUGGCUUGAAAUGGAUGCUUAAUCAGGGCCUCAUGCAUAAUCCUGAGUACAUAGUUGAUUACUUCAAACAAAAAGGUGUUUCUUCUAUAUUCCUAUUCCGAAGAAAUCUUCUCCGUCGACUGGUCUCAUUGCUUGCAAACUCUCAUGAUCGUGAUGCUAAGCAACUGAAUGGGACUCACAAGGCUCAUGUACACUCGAGACACGAGGCUGAAGUUCUGGCAAGAUUCAAACCUUUGAUUGAUGUGAAAAACUUAAUCCCUGAUAUGAACAAAACUAUAAAAUGCAGUACAAAUAUUAUUCAAUACUUCAAGGGCACCCGCCACAUCGUCCUAUACUAUGAGGAUCUUGUCCGAAACCAAAGCAAAAUGAUGGAUGUUCUCGACUUCCUAGGAAUUCCACAUGAAAAGCUUACAAGUAGGCAUGUAAAGAUCCACACGAAGCCAUUGUCAGAUCAUAUUGAGAACUGGGAUGCAGUCUCUCAAGCCUUGAAGGGGACGGACUAUGAAAGUUUUCUCCACUCUGACUACCAAAGAAAGUAGAAGAUCUCAUCGCCUAAUUUUUUUUUUUAAUGCAAGAUUUACAUACAUACCACUCAAUUCUUAUGUAUUUACAUAUCCAAAACCUAAACUUCAAUGUCUAAAUACAUACCCCUUUAUCUAUGAAUGAAAAGGUAUAUUUCACUUCUUAAAAGUUACAACGGCGGUAUUUUUUCUGUGAUAUAAAAAAUUCGGGUGUUGUAAAUGUAAAAUUUAGGUGUUAGAUAUGUAAAUUCAUAAAAAUGGAGAGCUCUAUGUAUGCAAAUUCCCCUUUUUUUUAUCCACACCAACAGCUUCAUGAGAUCCUUUUUUCCUAAUUCCGAAAUUUUGGCGGCGUCACAAAGAGUUUAUCCAUCAAUUGUUCUUUUGGAAGUUCCUCAAGAUUUUCCUUUACAUGCAUACUUGUAAGACUCUGCAUUUUGAUUUUUUACUUCUAGCACAAUCAGCUAUAAAGUUUUUCUCUUUAGUUGCUUCUAGUAUUUCUGUGCAAUGUAUUUGUUUGGUGGAUCUAAAAUUGAUUUCAUGGCUAUUGC